UCCCCACUUUCAUGCCAAGGAAUGACGCUGCCCAUAGUAAACUGGUGGAGGCGGGCCAGAAAGAGAAAGUUUAUUCGCUUCGGUGCGCCUUUCCUGGUCCUUGUCGUCGCUGGAUCAUUUGGGCUGAAGGAAUUCUCCUCCAUAAGAUACCAGUUCAGAAAGUCAGAGAUGAUAACUCCUGAGGAGGCAGAAAAAUAUGGGGUUAAAAUGAAAAGAGAGAAAAUCACAAUUGAGAGUGAAUAUGAGUCUCUACAAAAGAUGAAUCUUGACACCUGGCAAAAUGUCCGUGGUCCACGCCCAUGGGAAGACUCUAAAAAAAUUCAAGAUGAACAACGACAGGUUUCUAGUAAACAGUCGUGAAAACGGUAUCAGCUUGCGGUGAAGCCGAGGGAAGUAACCACUGACCUAGAAAAGUGUUUCAGUAAUGUAUGUUUUGUAGUUAGCAGUGGUAAAUAUUGUGGUUUACAUGGACAGACACAAAGUUGUUGUGUUCGAACAGUGUACAUUGGACAGUUUAAGCCUUGUGAUUUUGUAGAAAUCCAAGUGUAUAAAUGAAGGUCUGAUGUUGUAUUGAUCAGAUAUACUCUUAAUUAAUGUUGAAGGAGCAGGAAGAUUCCCGAGUAAGAUAAGACAUACUGAUUACUUGUCAGUACCUCUAAGUAGUGGAGAAAUAUAUGUUAGUGGUGUUUGUGAAUGUGGUUGAAUGUGUUUUGAAUGAUUAUUGAUGUUUGCUGAGUGGCUGCCAGCCAUGUGGUUCAUAUGUGUGUUUUCUGUUGUUAAUAGUGUGGUGAAAUGUCGUUCACUCUGAUUGGCUCAUGUUCAUUCCUGAAAGAUGUUUCCUGGUCACUCAGAUCAGGUUAAUAACCAGAGCUGUCCCAGGGCUGGUUGUGACCUUGGCUGAGGAGCUAUCUGGUAUCUGGUGAGGAGAUGGGGUUUGCCCUGGGGUUUGCCCGGUUUACUCCACCCACAAAUCUAAUUGAGCAGGAUAUAUUCUGCAAUACCCUGUGGACAUCAGUCAAAUGAAUAUAUGUGCUAUAACACAUGUAAAACAGAAACUCGGUGAUGUGGCACUAAAAGAAAUACAUUUCAUAAUCCUAUAAUUGUUUAUGUAUGAUUGCUUUGUGCAUUUUCUCCAGCCUAAGUGAUUUUGUGAGUUGUAUAAACCAUUGUUGAGUAGUUCUACUAGCACUGAGUUUGACUACUGCAGAUAGGGUUAAAACCAUUGGUAGCUGGCAGAAUUCAUGUGAAAUGGACUGACAUCCCAUGUGUUGUGCACACUAAUACAGGGAACAGUGCUUUAUAAGAUAUCAAGGAUAAACUAUGUGAUAAACUAAUUUAACAUAUAUGCAUGCAAACAUAGUAAGACAUGAAUUGUGUGGGGUUGUAUUUGAGUGCUUGAAACUUUUAUAUAAUUAAAAGGAGACUUUUUAAUAUUUGUGUACUGUGUUUGGAGUUGAAUAUUAUCUUGUCAGUUUAGAUCAAUUGGCCACUUUGAAUGAAUUAUUCUUGUCUUCAUUAUUAUCUGACAGCAACAUGUGAUAUUGACUGCUUUCACGCCAUGGUCUGUUGUAAAAUAAGAGCAGCCAAUGCAAGUCCAAAAUGCAGGUUUUGAGUCCAGAAAUCAUUACGACUCCAGAAUGACUCCCCUUUUGCAAAAUGAAAUGGCCAUUUUACACCAGGGUUACUAGCCCAUCCUUUAAUAUUACAGUAUUCAUGUUAAGAUUCAACUACAGUCAAGUUACCCUUUGUAUUUGUGGCUAUAUUUGACAACCAAGAACAUAAA